AUGAUCAUUCACGCCGCCGAUUCAUCGAGUCCUGCCGCGGCCAGAGCGUUGAUUCUAGGCCUCGCAGAUACCCAAAACAGCAGCAAGCCCAGGUACUUUCUCCAUAUCAGCGGAACUUCGAGUCUGGGCGAUCGGCCCAUCACGAAACGAAUCCUGGAAUCUAGGGUCUUCUCAGACAAAGACGACAUUUACGGCUACUUGAAAGAACGCGAGGCCGGCGAGUCUUACGCGCAACGCGCCACCGACAUCAAGACUGUGCAAGUCGGAGAGCAAGCCGGUAUCGGCACCUUGGUCGUGAAGGCCCCUCUCAUCUACGGCAGGGGCACCGGGCUUUUUAACCAGCAGUCGUUCCACAUCCCCGCACUCAGCCAUGGCGCCGUUGCCGCUGGACAGGCCGAGUACGUGGGGGACGGUGCCGGGGUGUGGGAUUAUGUUCACGUUGUCGAUCUCGCCGGCCUGUUUGAGCUUCUCGUCGGUCGCAUCCUGCGGGGCGAACCGGUAUCGACUGGCCGACAGGGCUUCUACUUUGCCGAGACCCAGAGGCAUUCUUGGAAGCAUUUGGCAGAGGGAAUAGCGAAGGCUGGCCACAGUCUGGGGCGUUUGACCUCACCAGUGCCACAAUCAAUCACCCUGAAGGAAGCUUCCGAGAGAUAUACAGGCGGAGAUGAGCAUGUGGCCGAGGUUGGCCUAGCGCCAAACUCUUUCACUUCCGCACAACGAGCUCGAGAGCUGGGCUGGAAGCCAUCGGUCGGCAUUGAGCUUCAACAGACUGUCCAAGAUGACUUUACACUUCUGUUCGGUUGUGCACAAUCCGGGCGAUACCAGCGGAAUACCCAUUGUAUCGACCUCGCCGCCCCGUUUUGGUCAAUCCGAGGGGUUACACUCGGGCUUCUAGUCAGGACUCAGAACAGAAGUGAUACUUCGGUAGCAGGCACUAUGGCAGUCCGUUUCCGAAUCUCAAGGCGUGGGGACGUCUGCGUGGAGAGCCCAGAGGGUAAACAAGAGGUGCUGGAGUUCUUGGAACAUGCGAUGGGUGCACACUAUAUCUUCCUGGAAAGGAUUGGUAAUCGCAGUGAGAAAAAGGAAUACAAAGUGGUUUGCUUGGUAUUUAAGGACCAAAACUACCUGUUCUUUGUGAGAGGGACAUUCCUAAUUUCGUUACAUCAGCGCGGGGUCCUUAACGAUCGUGAAGAGAUGCUUCGUGUUGUGAACCUCCAUGCUUCCCUGCUAGUUGGAAAGGAUCGCUCUGCUCUAUAUGAAAACUGGGUUUGCGCAAACGAGGCCCUCGCAUCGACAUACUUUGUGAUGAAUCGCGCGGCCAUGAGAUGGGGCGAGUGCACUUACGACGACGCUAAAAUUAAACGUGAGAUUCGUUGGCUUCACAUCAUUGACGAGUUCAUAGAUUCGUUGAUAGGCCGCCACAACGAUGGGCCUCUUGGGGUUGAAAUCCACCUGCGUACGCGUCAUAAAACAUUCUUACAGACGCUAAAGACGGAGUAUGGCAUUGCAACAGACGAAAUUCCUCCCAAAAAGCCAACUGUGGCUGUAUUGAAGGUUAAUCAGUUCGACGAAGCUCUCCAUCGGUACAAAAUGGACGACCUUGCGGGUUGA